AUGAAGAGCUUACUCUUGGUCCUUGUGAUUCUUGUCUUGCUCUCCCAAAUUCCACCAGUGAGAAGUGGACCAAAUAUUUACAUAAGAAAGUUCUUUAGUACAUGCUGGCGAACAAAAGGUAUUUGCAAGAGACAUUGUUACAAAAAUGAAAUCUUUCAUAUUUUGUGUGAUACUACACAUCUGUGCUGCAUCAAUAAAAGAUAUGUGUCUGUACAAAUUGGGACACUGUCAUGA